AUUUAUUCGGAGGCUUUGGGAAAGAUGUUCGACUCCAUACUGAAAUCAGCUAAUGAACUGAAGAAUAAGGUACUGAGGAAGACAGAGCUGGAGAUUAUGCUAGAAGAAGCUACUAAUUCUGAGAGUUGGAAUGUGCCUAAUACAACACUUGAGGAGAUCUCUGAGCAUACUGAGGACUGGAGCAAUUAUAAUUUGGUGAUGAAACAUUUGUGGGAGACCAUAAAGAAGGAUUUGAAAUAUCAUGUAAAUAUCUUCAAAGGAUUACACCUAAUGGAAUUUCUUAUCAAAAAUGGGAAUACCAGGAUUGUGCAAGACCUCAAGGAUGACAUCCUUAGAAUCAGGUCCCUUCAAGAGGUCACUUAUCAUCAAGAUGGAAUGGAUAAAUGAUCUAGGAUAAGAGAAAAGGCCAAAAGCAUAGUUGAUCUUAUCUCUGACCCCGAAAGGUUGGAUGAAGAGAGAAAAAUUUCAAAGAAAAAUAAAGGCAAGUUUUCAUCUAAGAUAAACUCCGGAGAAGGCAGGAUUAUUGAAAAGACGACUUACUUUGGGAACUAUGAAGAUCCUUCUUCUGAAUAUACUAAUAGCAGUAAAUAUGAUCAAAGGAGAUCCAAGGAUCAUGGCUCUUCCAAAAAGAGCAAGAAGAAAAAGAAGAAUGCAUCUAGCUCCAACGAUGAUAGCAGUGAAGACGACAGCAGUGGAUCAAGCAGUGAAGAUGAGAAGGAAAAGAAGAAAAAGAAGAAAUCCAAGAAGAAGUCCAAGAAAGAAAAGGACGAUGAUGAUAUUUUUGGCUUGAUGACGGAAGAUUCUUCACAAAAUACGAAGCAGAACAAUGCAGGAGUUGAUAUCUUUGGGGAGAAUUUUGGAAUAGGAAAAAGGGAUGAGAAUAAUGAUAUCUUUGCAACAAAGUCAUCUGGAGUCGGUGCCUUACCUAAACCACCUCAGAAGUCAUCCAUGGCAAUGGGAUUUGAAAGUAGUGGGCAGCAAAAUUUCGGAAUCAAUUCUUUUGGGAAUAUGGGAGCUUCUAGUCAAAUUCCUCCUCUACAACCUCAGACCUUUUGAGAUCAUCAACAGACAUCAACAAGUAGCCUUGAUGCAGCUUUUGGUCAGAUGACUCUAAAUCAGCAAACUCAGUUCCAACCUCAAUCUACUUCUGGCUUUGGAGCUCCUCAAAAUACUUUUGGAGCAAAUUCUCAAUUUCAAAGUAGUGGAACUCCACAACAGUUUCAACAAACAUCAGGAUUUGGAGGAGGAAGUACAGGGAUACCUCCUCCUAGCAGUGAUAUUUUUGGUUCAUCUUCUACUUCUACAGGAGGAUUUGGACACUCUACAGCUCCUUCUGCAUCAGCACCCUCUUCUUUUGGAUAUCAACAAACAUCAACACAGAAGGUUAAGGCUGAUGACGGGUUUGGUGCAUUCCAAUCAUCUGAAAAGGAUGCUUGGUCUAUGGGAGAAGGCCUAGUAAAUUUGGGAAAUAUUAAGAAAAAGGGAAAUGAACCUUCAACUCAAAAGAAAUUGAACUUAUUUUGAGAUUCUUCAGCAAGUAAACCGACUGGGUGGAAUCAGCCAACAACAGGAGCAUUUGGAGCUUCAGGAAGCAUGCAAAAUACAGGAGCAUUUGGACAAUUUUCAACGACAGCAUUUGGAGAAGCUCCUCAGAGCAUUGGAGGAUUUGGAGCUUCCUCAUUCAGUAGUACAACACAGCAGAAUACUCAAGCCUUUGGAGAAUUUCCUCAAAGCACACAGAGCCAGUCAACAGGCUUUGGAGCUGAAGGACAAGGAGGGAACUCAUUAUUUGACUAA